CUCCAACUUGCCUUUCCACCGGAGCGGCUGGUGUGAGCAGAAACCAGGAGUGAAUACCACGUAGACCAUAGGCUAAAAGAGGAUAUAAAGAUGCCCCCCAAAAAGCAAGAAGCCCCCAAACCACCUCCAUUAAUCGGACGUUUUGGGACCUCUCUGAAAAUUGGAAUCGUGGGAUUACCUAAUGUCGGGAAAUCCACCUUUUUCAAUGUGCUGACCAAAAGCCAAGCCUCUGCAGAGAACUUCCCAUUCUGCACCAUCGAUCCAAAUGAGAGCAGGGUACCAGUUCCCGAUGAGCGCUUUGAGUUCCUCUGCCAAUACCACAAACCAGCCAGUAAGGUUCCAGCUUUCCUAAACGUUGUGGACAUUGCUGGUUUGGUGAAGGGAGCUCACUCAGGACAGGGACUUGGAAAUGCCUUUCUCUCCCACAUCAGUGCCUGUGACGGCAUCUUCCACAUGACCCGUGCGUUCGAUGACGAGGAUAUCAUCCACGUGGAGGGUAACGUUGACCCAGUGAGGGACAUUGAGAUCAUCCACGAGGAGCUGCGACUAAAGGACGAGGAAAUGAUCGCUCCUAUCCUCGACAAGCUGGAGAAAACAGCCGUCAGAGGAGGUGACAAGAAACUCAAACCUGAAUAUGACAUCAUGUUGAAGAUAAAGCAGUGGAUAGUGGAGGAGAAGAAACACAUCCGAUUUUACCACGACUGGAAUGACAAGGAGAUUGAGGUGUUGAACAAAUACCUGUUCCUGACAUCGAAGCCCAUGAUCUACCUGGUUAAUCUCUCAGAGAAGGAUUACAUCAGGAAAAAGAACAAGUGGUUGGCAAAAAUCAAGGAGUGGGUAGAUGCUCAUGACCCCGGUGCUCUGGUCAUCCCUGUGAGUGGAUGUAUCGAGUCUAAGCUGCAGGACAUGGAGGAGGAGGAGAGGAAAAAGUACAGCGAGGAAAUGAAGACACAGAGUUGUCUGACCAAAAUAAUCAAGACCGGCUACGCAGCACUACAGCUGGAAUACUUCUUCACAGCGGGACCAGAUGAAGUGCGAGCAUGGACCAUCAGGAAAGGGACCAAGGCUCCUCAAGCUGCAGGAAAGAUCCACACUGACUUCGAGAAGGGCUUCAUCAUGGCCGAAGUGAUGAAGUACAAUGACUUCAAAGAAGAGGGCAGUGAAAGUGCAGUGAAGGCUGCUGGAAAAUACAGGCAACAAGGCAGGAACUACGUGGUGGAGGACGGGGACAUUAUCUUUUUCAAAUUCAACACACCCAACGCGCCUAAGAAGAAACCAUGAGACCACUUGAUCACCAGGGGGAGAACUCAGAAUACUAUUUAGCUGGGCCUCUAAAAGCUGCACUGUGUGCUGGUUUUCAUUCUUCUCUUAUGAAUUCAGAGGAUCAAGUCAUGGCCUGGUUGGUCAGAGGUAUUUACACAACCAGCCUCCCAGGUCUGGACCAGAAUAUACUCAAAUGAUUAAUACUUCUGUACAAGCAUAGCUACAUUCCUAUCUGUAAUAUUUGGAGCAAAUUUUCACACUGUACCAGUCAGACAUCUCUAAAAACACUUCAUUAAAGCUUUCAUGAUCUCAAUGAAGAACAGGUAUAGCUGAACUGAGAAAUAUAAUAUUUUUGAUAGAGCAUGAGCUGCACAUUGUUUUCUUAUUGAUGCUGGCCCUGUCCUGUUUUAAUACGCAUCAGACAAUGAGAGCUUGUCCUCUUUUUCUAGAUGCUUUAUGAUCAUUUACACCACAAUGCUCAGAGAAUUUAUUUUGUUGUUAAUGUAUCUUUAAGACGGUAAUUCCUCUGUAUAAUAACAGCUUGCCUUUCUGUCAUUAAUUGACCGUUAAUCGUCAUGUUAACUGCUGAUAAAUUGGCGAACUCUCAUCAUAACAACGUGCUCCUCUGAGAGUUCAGGUUCUCGAGUUGGAAAGUUGUUCUUCUGACUUCGGUGUGUUCAUGUGCUUUAAGUCAUGAUGUAAAAGCAACAUGGACGCUGUAUUUUAUUACUCAAAGCAUUUAAACAACACAUUUAUGACAGUUUAAAGCUCUAUAUUACAAAGUGAUUUUGUCUCAUGCUUGUUGCUGCACCAGUACAUCCUCUAAAAGUACUUAAAUAUUCCUUAUCCUGAUUAAUGCUAAUAAAAAACAUUUCUAAAUAAUCUAGCUCACUCUACGCGGACUGCAACUAAUGGUUACAACCUAAUACCAUAUUACAAACUACAUGCGAGCAAAAAAGUGACAUGUAAAUUUAUAAUUACUAUCAAUUGAACAUAUGCUUUCAUCCGCCAUGUUUCUGCAUAUAUGACGUCAACUCUUGCCCUAAAUCUUUCCGAGUUGUUCUGACUUUGGGAGGUGUUCAUGUGAAUUUUCUCAGUCGGGAACUAAUUUUUCUGAUUAUUUUGAUACCACAUGAACACAGGGUGUGCUCAAUCUGUGAAUCAACGCCUAUAUGAUAAAAACUUGGUAAACAGUGUCACCAUGAGUGAUAGUAAUAUACGGCAUGUGUUGUUUGCUGCAGGUGCCUAAUCAGCAUUUAUUAAAAAAGGAAAAUAUGAGUAAGUUUAAGUCUUUGUCCCUAAAAUUACAAACUAGUUUCUCAGUUCAUUUAUGCCUUUUGCUCGGUUAAACGUUCCUGGAUUUGUGCUAAUUACAGUUAAGUCAUAAUACUUAAUAUGAUUAAGCUAAAAUAUGCGGUGUCUAUCAAAGUUUGACUGGUGCUGUGUUUACUGUUAAGAGAAAAUGAAAUCUAUCACUCAGUGUUGCGCUUUGGGUCGGUACUGUGCCGUAUUCUGAGAAAGAAGGCUAUUAUUUUAAAGAGAGCAGGAAUCCCUGACAGUGCAGGAUGACACACCUGAGUGGAGAUCGUUGUUAUACACGCUGCUUUUAUGGACUUUGCUUUGGGCUAGUGAAAAGAAAAAAACAAACAAAAACAAGACGACAUUUACAUUAUGAACUUCAUCCCGUGUUACAAGACAAUGCUUCAUUGUAAAUCAGCUACAAGAGUGCUCUGUGGAUCAUCUGGAUUGUACAGCUUCAUCAUGUCUCGUUUCACCUCACUGCCUCCACAGUGUGAAUGUCUUUAUUUUCAAGAGCACCCAACAAUCCCGUCAUUACACAUACUGUGGAAGAUAGAAAAUCCAGUCACCCCGAGGGUGCCGGGAUGUAAUAUAUGUCAUCCUCAUCAAUAUGCAUGUGUCAAUAAAAGGAGACAAACCUGUCA